UCGGAAGCUUGGGGAUGGUGACGUUGAAGUUGAGCGACCGUGGUGUAGUUCGUUUCUAGCAUACGGCUAGCGUUUUGUGUUCAGGCUUCAAUCUUCAUAAAGUUUGUAUUCAUUUGUGAAAAUUAUCUUUAUGGACAAAACGUGCUGUAACACCCGUCGUGGAAAUUAGACAACACUCGCAGACUCGUCCUCUGGAGUCACUGGUAAGGCUGCAUCAGUCUUUCGCUCUGCACAAUAAAGGACAAACUGCCUACGCGUCAACACAUACUUCAGGGUGAAACUUUUCUACGAGCAUCCUCUGGUUUUGCUUGUUGUCCAGAAAAGCUGAAAAGACCCGCGCAGCCCACCCAGGGACGCCAAAUUGUCGUGGAAAUUAGACAACACUCACAGACUCGUCCUCUGAAGAGGUGCAGGGACGGAAAGCUACAUCUGUUGCUGUGAUUUGCUCCACUAUGUCACUUUGCUGGUAAUCUAAUGCUGUGAGGAUCCCGAGCAGCCUGUCCUGAAUGGCUGUGUGCAGAGGGGGCGUCUCGGUUUGGGUAGGUUGCAUCAGAAAUCAUGGCUGCUGGCAGCUGAUAAAGAAGCGGAACUGGAACAUAUCGCAGGUGGUGUUAAAUGCCCCCUGUAGAUCACUGAGCACUGGAUCAUGGGCCUUGGCGCCACCAAACAGCCUACAUUAUCAGUCCGUCCAGAAACUGUCGCCACCUGAUUCGUUCCAUCAUGCGUCCCAGCCACGAGAGCAAACUCCAGAAGAAGACUGGGAGGAGACCCUUCGCAUGUGCGUCCUGCUCAAACCCAGGGAAGCAGUCGAUCAGCAUACACUGGUGGAGUUUCCCCUGUUCGGACAAAUUAAGCCGAGCGAGCUCCUGGUACUUGGAGCCAACCGGCUUGCUGAAUUUCCUUUCCCUUUAACCACUGUUGAUGGAAGAAGAGAAGAUGACAUUAGCGUUAUUGGGAAGUCAAGUACUGAGCCGGAACCGGCUCGGGAGCAGAGCUCGUUUCGGAGUUUGUUCGAGGCUGAAGGAUGUCCCGCUCCGUUCAUAUCGGGAUCGCGCUUUUACUGCUUUCACUGUCCUGGAACCGAGCCUGUACCUGAGGCUGGAGAUGAUCUGAGAAUCGGACACGUCUUCUUCCCACGGUCUUUUAGCUCUCUCUGCAGUUCCGCCGAGAGCGUGGACAGGGGUUCCAGCGAGAAGCACGACGAGAACGAGGAGAAACUGGCGCUGAUGCAUGAAAAGCUCAGGAUCGAGCUCCCAGGGUUUUUUCUGAAGAAUCAUGACUACGGCAUGUAUUCUAACAACGUGGAGUUCAUCAAUGACCUUCUCAACAUGAAAACCAGAGGCCGCGUGACGUAUCAGCUGACCCUGGCGCUGUGGCGACUCCUGUGCCUGUGCUAUUAUGCAGAUGCUCGGCUGGAGGUGCUGAAGCUGACCAAGCACCCAGAAGACGGCUCCAUCAAAGCGCGCUGGAGGGUCAAGGGCUUGCCCUUUCACACUCUUCUCCUCCGCUUCUACAAGAAAGAUAAAAGCCAGUUUUACAGGACCUUCGAUGCAUUCUCUACCUUUUAUCUGGGCUCUGACGGACUCAUACACUGUCAUAAAGUUGAAAAGGUAAUGAAGGCUCAACCACCUGUACUGCCCAAAGUGCCAUCGCUGCUAGCAGGGGCUCUGGUGGCUCUGGGGCUUCAAGAGGACCGGCCAGCCCUUAAUCUUCUCCCAAUGUUCCUCUCCUCCUUCAGACAGGCUCAAGAUUAAAGAACGCUGCACGUACACGGCACGGCACUGCCCACAGAUGUGCGCAGGUAGAGAGAGAACUGUAAGGUUUCUGUGGACGGUGAGAAGGACUAGAAUCCAUUCUCAAAGAGAAGAACGAUAUAUACGGAGAAGUCAGAUGUUCCUAAUUCUGGAUUACAAAAAAACAACCAGAAAUGAACACGGUCCUCGAGUCCAAUCGUUCCCUUAACUGUAGAAUAUUAAGUGAUACUGUACCAAAUGACAUCCCAAAGUUGAUGCAGGAUUCGCUACAACAUUUACUUCCAUACUGCUUAAAAUCUACCAUGGACUAAAAGAUCUUGAACGAAAUAGUUUCUAAAACAAAAAUAAUAAUAAAUGAACAGAAUCAGUGACCAUAACAAUAAAAAAAAAUAAAUAAAAGAAAAGCAAAAGAUGCCCACCUGGGCCGUGUCAUGAAUACCGUUUACCUUUUAGGAAAACAACCGUCUUAAAUACAGUCAUGGAGAUUUCUAGCAGGAGUUUGUCAAGAGUAGCGUGCAUUUCAAACGCAGACCAAUCACUUGGGGCUAAAAGGAGGUUCUGUGUCAAACUGUAAAGAUUUACAUGUAGAUUUACAUGCAACUGUUACAAGGUGGUUGUUGUGUGUGUUUUUUUUGUUUGUUUGUUUGUUUUUUUUGCACCUGCCUAUUAUGAGGAACUAGGAACUAGGUGGGUGGUAAGAUGGAGGUGCAGUUACCCUCGGUGACCUCAUGACAUAUUCCAAAAAAUAAAAUUAAAAAAAAAAAGAAAGUUUUGUUUUGAUGCACAGUUAAAACAAGUCAGCACAGCUAUGCUCGCUUAAGGCAGGGGAUGAGAGGAGAUCUUACUCGGUACACAUAGUUGUUAUAAUCACCUGUUAUACGUAAGCUGAAGUAGUGCUCGUCUUUCCUGUAACACGGAGCGUAAAGCACAGACCGGUGUAACGUUAGUGGAAUGUUAUCAUUUAUACCACAGCAACGCCGAAUUCGUCAUUUCUCAAGUCUUUAGAAAUUCAGAACAGAGGACAACGCAGUUUGUGAAAUGUAAAGUGAUAAGUUGUUUCGCAGAAGUUCCGUGUCAUUUAGUGCGACUGUAAACGGAUAAAAAGUAAAAGGUUUGGCUCUGCAAGAAAAAAAAAAGUAAGCAUGUGCAAAUUGCUGUGGUUUAACAGGAAUACAAGACUUCAGGACAUGCUGUUAACAGUGUGGAAACGUUGUGUAAUCACGCCACCCGCUCGCCGAUCAGUUUCCUGUAACUGCACGUCAUAAAGUGUGUUGUAGCGGUUAUUAACACUGUACCGUGUUUCAUAUAGUUUAUUCGCACUGCUAAUUGAGCAAUGUUGACGUAGUCCGUGAGUACAGCUCACCCCCCAGUGUGGAUAAAAAGUGUCUCUCUGUAGCCUUUUGACUGUUUUAGGACAGAAAUGAAAUCAGGGAUUAGCAUAGUAUCUUACUAGAAUGGCAUGGAAAAUGCCUAGACAUAAGAUAAGAACUCACUGCAUUGUAAAGGUGCAUCUCAAUAAACAACAACAAAAAGGCUUGAAAUAUUUCACUUACGUGUAAUGAAUCUAGAAUAUAUAAAAGUUCCACUUGUUGAAUUAAAUUACGGGGGUGGGGUGGUGGGAAACGAACGUUUCCAUGAUAUUCUAGUUUUCUGAGAUGCACCUGUACACUCACUACUCCUUCCCUAGUUGGAGUCUUGUGCAGACGUUGGCAGUUUAUCAGGUUCCAUCGCUGUGGGUGCACACAGUAGGUGUCUAGUUAUCGACUAGUGCACUUUUAUCACACACAGGUCUUUUUAAUUGUCUUCAUGGCACUGGGGUUGUCUGGGCAGCUUUGGUAAGAGGAUCCAGAAGUGUUUAAACUCGUGUCAGUAUGGACUACCACUCAAAUCAUCAGCAGCAGUAGUCAUAGGGUGGUCCCUUAAAAAAAAACAACAAACUGUAUAUAUCUAAUAUGGUCUAUACCUGUAAAGUGCACCUAUAUGGUGGGUUAACCUGAUAAAAUGGCAACGUAGACUGUGCACUCUUAAAGCACAUAAUCCCUCUCGCUUGUAAACUGCUUUUGCCUUUCCAGAAAAUCAGUGACAGGCACAUGAAGGACAGAAAAGGGGGUGUCCAUAAUUCUGAAUGAAACACAGCCAUGGCCUUGUACUGUAUCUAUUUGUUUUUUGCUUUCCUAAUCAGUACCAAAUGAGUGAUACUGCACAGACCGAUUCCAGAUCUGUUGAUUCAUUUCCCGGCCGGUUUGCAAACCGAUCUCCGAAGUAUAGAUAACACAUGCACUAUACGGCGAGGUCUGAACACCUGACCAUCACACCCAUAUGUGCUUGUUGAACAUCUCAGCUUAGAUUUAUUUUCCUUUUGCUGUUAUAAUAACCUCCGCUCUUCUGGGAAGGAUUUCCACUAGAUUUGGGGGGCGUGGCUGUGGGGAUUUGUGUUCAUUCAGCCACGAGAGCAUUAGUGAUAAGUGAAGAGGUCUGGGGGUGCAGUCGGUGUUACAGUUCGGUUGAGAUCAGGGCUCUGUGCAGGACGCUCGAGUUCUUCCACUCCAAGCUUAACACACCAUAUCUUCGUGGAGCUCGCUUUGUGCACAGGAGCACUGUGAUACUGGAACAGGUUUAGUUCCAGUGAAGGGAAAUUGUAACGCUACAGCAUACAAAGACAUCUUAUACAAUUAUGUGCUUCCAGUUUUGUGGAAGAACCACGAGUGUGUGUGAUGGUCAGGUGUCCACAUACUUUUGGCCACAGUGUUUCAGCUGAAGUAAUUGAAUAAUACAGGUGGCGUGAGUAAAACUGUGUCGGAUUGUCUUCUGUAUAAAUAUGUGAAUUUAUUAGCCUGUGUUGCUUUACUGAUCAGUGUUAUGUUCAGAGCCAAGUUUGUGUUCUUUGACAAGAUUUUGAAAACCAUUGCAGAUUCAAGUUCCAGGAGAAAAAAAAAUGAAACUGCAAUACACGUCCUACAUUCUACAGCUUGCACUUUAAAAUUUAGCUCAAUGAUCCCCCAAAAAUCAACAUGGAAACUGAAUCUUUGGUCUGAUGUUAUAUUUAUUUAUUUGCUGCCAAUAACUCAAAUUCUGGUGUGGAUAAUAAAGUGUACAGGCACUGUUUACCAUUUCA